UGCUGUUGUUAUUGACACAGAGAGCGGGACAGCCUGUGGACAAACAGACGAUCGAUCGAUCGAUUGAUUGAUUGAUUGAUUGAUUGACUGAGUGAUUGACUGAUGAGGCUGAAGGUGUGUGUGAUGGUUCUGAUGCUGGUCGUCCGUCUGCAGAGAGUCGACUGCCGUCUGCCCGACUUCACAACUGCAACUCCUCCACUGCAGGUUGCAGCUUUGGGGAACUUUGAGCCUUACGUGGUGUCUUCUGUGAUGAAAACCGGAUCCAGUCGACUUCCUGGACUCUGUCGACGGCUGAAGAGACGAAGAGUCACUGUGCUGUGUAACCUGGAGACGUUCUGCUGGUGGGGGCGGGUUCGGGGGCGGAGUCAGAAGAUCCGGUCUGGUCAGGUGUGUCGCUGUCCUCGUGGCUCCAGGUGUUCACAUUUUUUUGUACACAGUCUCUGAACAGAACCACCUUUAUUUCUUUGAUCUGAAUGUUUUCAUAAACUUUUCUUUGAUGUUUUUGUAUGAAUUAAUAUCAGAAAAACAUUAUUGAUCAGUUGUGAUUGAUUGUAUAUUUAUUGAUUUGAUGUGAUAAUAAA